UGGCUCGUUCGAUUGUGAGAGCCAUAACGAGUAACUUUUAUAUGGGGGUCAGGUCCGGCACUAGGGGAAUUGAAAGGGUUUGGUCUCUGUCUUGAUUCAAUGGGUAGGAUAUUGAUCUUUGGCACACGACCGGCCAUCAAACCUCGAGCCAUUUGAUCUUUAAUUUUCACCAACUUAGUCUAGUAGGUUCCUUGUUAACCCGUUAAGGAUUGUAUAACAAUGGCAUCUGGUGCUCCUGGAGGAAAUUUCAGAACCUGGACUCCAACACCUCCGGAAAGAGGUUCAUUCCCAUUAGAUCAUUAUGGAGAAUGCAAACAACAAAUGUUGGACUAUUUGAAGUGUAUGAAAUAUACUGAGAAUAAAAAUGCACCCAACUGUCGUAUAUUGGCCAAAUCUUAUUUGAAAUGUAGAAUGGAUAACCAGCUCAUGGAUAAAUCGGACUGGGCUUCGCUUGGUUUAAUUAAUUUACCGGGUGAUAAACCUGAACCCAAAAAGGAGGUCAGUACCCAUGAGAAGGAUAUAAAUACUGAUAAGCCUGAUAAGCCUGAUACAGAGCAAUGAAUCUUACAUUAAUACAUCUUGUACAUAAUU